AUGAGGAGCUCGCCCCUGCGAAUCAGCGUCAAAGUCGCCGUCCGCCAGCUUCACAGCGCCGUCGCUGCGCCGCGCCCUCGUUCGUUCCACCUCACUUCCCCUGCCGGCCUGCCCCGGCGGCGCAACUUCUUUACCUCGAACCCAUAUCUCUCCUCCCAGCCUGGUAGCGACGACCAGCCUUCAUCUCAGCCACAGCCCGGCCCUGCCAACGCCAACGCCAACGCCAACGCCAAUGCCUCGCCGGUAGCCAAGCGCAAGCCCACCCGGGCCACGCCGGCGAAGAAUUCGCUACGCCGGGUCGCCAUCAUCGCCCAGCAGCCGAAGCGGGGCGGCGGCCAGGGCAGUCCCGGCUUCGACGCGGCCGAGGCCGACCCGUCCAACAUGGUCAGUGCGACGUGCAUCGCCGAGGCCUUCAACAUGCCCGUCGUGCUCGAGAUACUGUCGUCGCACGGCUUCGCCAUCGACCCGGACGGCACCAGCUUCGACGCCGCCGAGGUGGUGCACGCGCGGGGUGUCAACGGCGGCGACAUCUUCGUCUUCCCGUCGGGCACCAUUGUGACGUGGUCGCUGCCGCCCGAUGUCGUGACAAGGCAGAUCCUGCGGGCCGCCGAGGAGCCGCACCCCGAGGAGCUGCGCGAGGUUGAGGACCUCGAGUUCACCACGGACAACAGCCGGGAGACGAGCACGCUCAAGGGUGACGUCGUUGUGCUGGGCACGCGCAAGGAGCACAAGGACGGCGACUUCCUCGACACCACGCUGGCCAAGGUGGCCUUCUCGUCCGGCCUGGCCCGCAGCACCAAGCUGGCCGUGCUCGAGUCGGCGCUGACGUCGUACUUUGAGAGCACGAGGAACAUUCCCGCGCUGCUGUCCCAGGGCGCCGGCGUCCCGCUCAGCCGCCGCUUCAUCCUGCAGAAGACGGGCGAGCUGCUCAGCCUGCGCGCCAAGCUCAACCACUACUCGGAGCUGACGGACAACCUGCCCGACAUCUUCUGGGACAGCCGGUCCGAGCUCGGGCUCGAGGGCUACUACGACCAGGUCGGCCGCGCGCUCGACGUCAACGUGCGCAUCCGCGCGCUCAACCAGAAGAUGGACUACGCGCAGGAGAUUGCCACGGUGCUGCGCGAGAUGUCGAGCGAGCAGCACGGCACCCGGCUCGAGUGGAUCAUCAUUGUCCUCAUCUUCGUCGAGGUCGUCUUUGAGCUGCGGAGGAUUGUGAUUGAGUACAAGGAGAGGGCGGUGCUCAGGGAGCUUGGCACCGAGGUGUGA